GUAUUUGUAUUUUUUAAAGAUGACAUGGGUUUUGAUUUGAGAGUUUUAAAUACUGUCAUGGCUGCAAUGGCAGGCCUAAGCAGAGGAAUGUUUCGAACCAUAAACCUUUUGCCUGCGUCCAAGGGGUUUCCUGGUCUGGCAGCAUCUAGGUGGUUCAGUGCACAGCAGGAGACACCUACACCAAAGGAAGGUGACCAGGGAGAAAAAAAGGGAUGGUUCCAAAAUAUUUUAAGGGUUCGAACACUGGAGCCAAGUAAAGAAUCACAUUCCAUGCAGCUGUCAAGCAAAGAAACAGUUUAUGAAAUACAGUUCCAUGCUGUGAAACCAGAAAGCAUGGAGGAAUACUUGAACCAGUUUGGCCGCUUUUCGGAACUGAUCGAGAUGAAACAGACAGGUGCUGAAUUGGUUGGCAGCUGGACUGUAGAGAUUGGUGACCAAGACGAAGCAAUUCACGUGUGGUCUUACAAGGGAGGUUAUCCUGUCCUGAACAGAGCAAACCAAAUAUACAGAACUGACAAGGAUUUUAUUGACUUUCGCAAGAACCGCAACAAAAUGAUAAGGUAUCGAAAAAACCAGAUUCUUCUGGCCUUUAGCUUCUGGCCUGAGCUAAAGCCAAGGGAUCCAAGCAAUAUCUAUGAAUUACGAAGCUAUACACUCAAGCCUGGCACAAUGAUUGAAUGGGGAAAUAACUGGGCCCGAGGGAUAAAAUAUAGACAAGCAAAGAAUGAAGCUGUUGCUGGUUUCUUCUCACAGAUAGGCCCACAGUACACCACUCAUCACUUGUGGGCUUACUCAGAUCUGGAGUCUCGCAAAGUAACUCGUGAAGCUGCAUGGCAGAGGCCAGGUUGGGAUGAAUGUGUUGCUUACACAGUGCCUCUCAUUCGUCACAUGCAGUCACGCAUUUUGAUUCCAACUCCAUUCUCACCCCUCAAGUAAAAAGGAAAGCUGCUACCAUUACAUCUGGGCUCCAGGCUUGCAUGGGUCAUGACCUGCCUUGAGUGGCGCAGCAAAGGGGACAUAGUUUCUACCUCCCCUUCUCUUGAUUGUGAAUCAGAUGGCUUGUUGUAUUCUGUACAUAAGAAGUGACCCUUGCGUCAUGACUAUAAGUUGACACUAAAACAAGUUUGGUAGUUACAUUUGAACAUAGGACAUGAGCACGAGUAUGAUUCAGGGAAAUGAAUAGUGCUGCAGACCAUCCUUAGGAAUUAGUGAUUGAGACGAUUAAGCAGUAACUUGUUCUAAGCUGCUUAAUGAAUUCACUCUGGGUGUAUUUAAGGGUAAAUGUGGUUGACUAUGGCAGAGUAGUUAAGCGACUGCUGUUUGAACUAUUUACAUGCUAGCGUGUGAGAAUGCAUGUGCAAAUAAAUGAUAGAUAAGGUCUACAUGUUCAGCUGGUCUAUCCUCUAUUAUUUCUGGUUUUCAUUUGAUGAAGUAUGAGUACUUCAGAAUCUCCUCUCAAAGCCUUGAAAGUCUGAAGGUAAAUUAAGAUUGGCCUGUGUUAGUGUCCAGGGAGGAGGAAUAAGGACAUAUCACAGAGUGAUUCCAAGUGUGUGCAUUGGUGUGCACCACUGAAGUCCCUGCUAGAAUGCUUGCUGUGUCUCCUUAUAGCUAAUGACCUAAAAUUCCAUGUUGUUAAGCAGUUCCUUGUUGAGAGAGUAUUUUAAGUUUCUUUUCUUUUUUCUUUGCUGCUUUUAGUGCCACAUAUUUUGUGCCAUUGAACUCUUUGUUUAAUUUUUAGUUGUUACAUUUUUUCAUUAUUAGUGCCAUGGAUUUCAUGCCAGAGUAAGAUGAAGUUUACCGUCUUGGGAAUUUCUCAUAUUUUAAUUGGAAUAUUUGAAAACAUUAUGCCCACAGGAAUUUAUUUGUCAGAAAAGUAAUUGGGUGUGCGGACUGUUCCAUGCUUUUUAAUGCACUACCAAACAGAAAACAAGAGGGAACAAUUUAUGGACUCUGAACAUCACAUUUUUUCGUUUCAGAAUGCAGUUUUAUGAAAGACAUUCAAUUGAAGUCAGUGAUGUCAAAUAAUUUGAAUGACUUAGCACUUAAAGUAGUAAGGGUUUUCUUAAAGAUUAAAAAAAUCGUGUUGCACAGAUAUGUUGAGGAUAAAUCAGUUUCUUGAAGAAUUAGGCACAGUAUUCUGUGUCUUGUAAUGGUCACAUCUUCCCAGUAUAAUGUUGGUUGUACAGUUCAGCGAGAAGAUUAUUUUGUAUCUUGGAGCUUUUUAGCAUGGACCAUCACAAAGUUAAAGGGAAAUCAGGGGCUGGGUGCAUCGUAGGGUUAGUACUGACUGGAUGGCAAACGCAGAGCACUUAUCCAAAAUGUUUGUAAAGUAUUAGCAGUUUAGUUGACUUAGGACUUACCUGGCCAGCCAGAGCUUAAAAAGCCUAUUGCUGACCCUUUAGAGAUCAUCUCCAGAACUCUUUUUGAUCUCUAUUGUGCCUGUUGUUUCUCAUCUCUCCGUUUUAUCUUGCUGGCGAAUGUAGUACGGGCCAUUUUGGUAAAAGCCCCUCUUUCAUUAUUUUUUAAACUUUUUUUCAUUUUCAAAUAUGGAAGAAAAUCAAGUUUCUUCAUGAUAUUGUAUUUUUUAUUGAAUGAUGGUGGAAUAUUUUCUACAAUUUACUGUCGUGUUUGUUGUGUUGACUUUUUGGAAUCAUGUACAAUCAUUGCUGUGAAAUACAAAGCUCUACUGAAAAGCAAGGGUUUAUGAGUUGCUAUCCCCUUCCCACCCUUCCUCUGCCCACUUUUUCCUUUUUUGUGUAGGUGUAAUGAUUAGGCGGAAUGUGUGCAGCACUAUUCAGCAUUUUACCUGAUGCUUUUUGUCUUAUGCAUGGAAAUAGAAUGUUAACAGCUAAUCAACACGAUUGUGAUGAAAUUGAGCUUUAUGUCGAACUGCAGUUGAUGUCCGUGUUAAGUGAGUGUUGCUACACAGAGAACUGAUUAUGCUUCAGUUCAUUUGCACUGAUGUAAAAAGUAAUGCGAGUAUGCAUUUUUGUGUGCAAACUGGCGCGUGUGUUCAGACAUGUGUUCACUCCCAAAGUCUCUUUACAUGUGAAGAAAACAAUGACAAAGAAACCAACAAUUCAACUUUAAUUUGUAUGUAGGGAGUAUUGGAGAAGUGUAUUCGUUAUGUGUAAUUGGUAUCAGUUAUUGUUAUAUCUGUUAAAUGUCACCAGACAGCUACAAAGAUAUGAGGUGGGGUCAUGCGGGGGGGACUUGUUACAAAUACACAAGCACCUACACAAACACAUACCUGAUUGUAGUGAAGUAGUGCUCAGUUACAUCAGUUACAUGCCCACAAUGGUGUCGCACUAGUGUGGUUGACUAAUUCUUUCGACCUCUAUCAUGCUAUAGGUUGAGUAGAUUCUUGAGUGUGUUGGCACGUGAGAUUAUGUACAAGAUUAUAAUCCAUGAUAUACCACUU